AAAGCCUAAGACGUUGCUUGACUGCAGGCGAAUCUGGUGGCGUUGCGUUGGGCACUUUGCGUUGAUGCCAAUUCAUGCAGCUGGCAAGUAUACGACGAGGUCUACGAUCUGUGUCUCGGACUUCUUUGUUUCAUGUUACAUGCCGACGUUGGACGCUCUGCAUCAAGCCCGAGGCAGACCAAGCUCCACCACGGAGGCUAGGGUUCUUCCCGUCAUACAGCCGAAUGCCGGUCCAGGAUAUGCCUCGUUACCGAAUACGAAGAAUGAAUUGCAAGAGAUACACAAUAUCGUUCCACCGAGGUCCAUCCUAUCUUUGACCGAAUCAAUAGACCUCGACCUCAAUGGUGACUGCGCCAUUGUCGAGAACGUCAUGAGAAACCUACCGGAGGCCUCGAUCCUCCGUCUGGCCUGCCACAGUAUACAAGACCCUGGCAAUCCACUCCAAAGUGCCUUUAAUUUUCGAGGCGGGCAACGCCUUACCGUCGAACAUCUCAUGCAAAGACCAUUACCACACGCCUACGUCGCGUUCCUGAGUGCAUGUCAUACCGCUGCCAAUGACGUACAGCGGCCUGAUGAAGCAAUAAAUUUUGCGAGUGCCAUGCUCUUCGCAGUGCCACGAUGUGGCCAAUGGACGACCUUGAUGGUCCAGUUAUGGCUUGUGCUAUAUACGGCAAUCUUCUUAAGGAGUUCUGAACAAGUUUAGCCUGGCGACUGCUCUAGAUGCUGCCGGUCGUGAACUUCGCAGAACAGUUCCAUCUGAAUGGUGAGC